AUGAGGGCCCCAGCCGACCAGAGGGACAAGUCCAAGUGGUGUGAGUUCCAUGCAGACCAUGGGCAUCGGACAGAGGAUUGCAUCGCCCUCAGAUUGGAAGUGGCCCACCUACUAAACCAAGGCCACCUCACCGAUUACCUAACCGAAAAGGGCAAGCUUACCCUACAACAAGGAAGGGAUAGACAAGAGAAACACAGGGACGACAGCCCACCAGACCUGCCACACCAUGAGAGAACUGUGAACGUGAUAUCCGGAGGCUCCGAAGUCAGCGGAAUCACCCACUCAGCCUCCAAGAGACACGCCAGACAGGCUAGAUCAAGCAAAACAGGGGCUCCGCCUUCCGGCAAAGCUGGACCAACGGAUCCAACCCUAACAAUCAGCUUUGCAACAUCCGAAUCAGACAAGCUUCUACCCCCAUCAUGA